CAGCGCGCGCACAGAACACAUCCAGCUCGUGCCUCUAACGCACUUGGUUUACUUUGUGCUUUUCUACUUUCUGUUGUCGACGCUCGUUUUAGAGUAAAAAAAACAAACAGGAGAAGCCAGUUUGAGUGAAUUUUAGCGAGAAAAAAAAGCAGCUCAGCGCCAUGAAGUUCCUGCUUUUACCUCUUUUAAUGGCUUUUUUCGCCGUCGCCCAAGUUUUUUGCGAGGAAAACGAGCCAAAAGGAGAAGUGGACUACUGGACGAGCAGUAAUCAGAUCCAGGAUGGCUGGAUUUCCAACGACCCAUUCAGAGAAAUCCUCCUGAGGAUGACGAGAAAGCCGCGACCGCAUCAGUUCAUUGGUCUGAUGGGGAAACGCUCUAUGGCAAAUGCACAGAUCACCCGCAAAAGACAUAAAGUCAACUCUUUUGUUGGACUGAUGGGGAAAAGGAGCCAAGAGGAGCCAGAGUCCUACGAGUGGAGCACAAUACAGACUUACGACAAGCGCCGCUAAACAGUCCAAUCACCUGCCUGCUUCUCAUCCAACCAUUCCACACCCAUGGGAGGGGUACCUGACGCUGGUUUUGUUUUCUCCAAACUGUGUGUAGUUGUUAGUUGAAUAAAAAUGAUUGUUUCCACAUUGUAGUGAUGUAGCAGUGCUGUACCUGUGCCAGUUUCAUUCGUCCCAGCAGAAGGUAGACCGGGGCCAGAGGAGAGGGAAACGAUGUCAUUAUCAAUGUUAAGUGGUUUCUGUGAGCGUUCUCCACCAUCUGCCAUGCCACAAAGACUAAAUGUUGUUGUGGGCCAUCAAAGCAAGGCUAUACCCCUGGGUAUGCUGAAAAUUGCACUGCCAAAGUCACUGCAUAGUGCCUCAUAACUGUUUAAUUGCAACUGAUUGUUCUAUAAAUACAAAACACUGGGACAGGUUCUCAUUUUGGCUUUCCAAUGACUUUUAGAAGAGCUGUCAUGUUGUCCACCUGCACAUGUGGUGUGAUAUGACAGGAUACCUGUGUGUUAUAGUGAUC